UUCCAGGCUCAGUCUUCCAAGGAUGUGAAUCGUCUCUUCCUGUUUUACUCCACUGAGCUACCGACUACCGUACUGUGAGACACAUUGGAGCUGCAAUAGAGACACCCAGACCUCGACUAUGAGUGUUUUCUUGCUUGUGCUGUCAAAGACGGGUUUAUUUAUUUUAUAAGCGUGCAACAGAACACUGUUGUAGGCUUAUUUUUUAAUUUAUUGACAUUUUUAACGUCGUUAUUAUUUUUAAUCUCUAUUUUAUAUUGGAUCGCGGCAGCCCCGUUUUUUCCUCCUUUUUUUCAUUUCAAUGAUUGUCUUAUUCACAUUCUCAUGGCGGAGACUAAAAUAAUCUAUCAUAUAGACGAAGAGGAGACUCCUUACUUGGUGAAAUUGACAGUUCCGCCCGAAAAAGUGACUUUAGCGGAUUUCAAAAAUGUCCUUAACAAUCGAGCAGUCAACAACUACAAAUUCUUCUUUAAAUCCAUGGACCAGGACUUUGGUGUUGUCAAGGAAGAGAUCUCAGAUGACAACGCCAAGCUUCCCUGUUUCAACGGGAGAGUGGUGUCCUGGCUGGUACUGGCAGAGAGCUCUCACUCUGACGGGGGCUCCCAGUGUACGGAGAGCCAGCCUGAGCUGCCCCCCCCACUCGAGAGGACAGGGGGCAUCGGAGACUCCAGGCCCCCAUCAUUCCACGCCAAUGCAGUGGGCAGCCGGGAUGGCCUGGACACGGAGACGGGCAGCGAGUCACUCCUGAGUCACCGGCGGGAGAGAGAGAGGGAGCGGGCGAGGAGGAGGGCGCGAGAGGUGGAGUAUAAGACCUGGAGCCCGCGGCCUGCCUUCCCGCGAGUGAACGGCCACUCCAAGGCAGAGCGCGCGGCGCGGGACUCAGCCAUGGGCUACGACAGCGCUUCCAUGAUGAGCAGCGAGCUGGAGUCCAGCUCCUUCAUCGACAGCGAGGAAGAGGAGGACGCCAGCAGGCUCAGCAGCUCAACAGAGCAGAGCUCUUCCUCUCGGCUGAUGAGGAGGCACAAACGCCGCCGGCGCAGGCACAAGGUUGCCAAAAUCGACCGGUCGUCUUCGUUCAGCAGCAUUACUGACUCCACCAUGAGCCUCAACAUCAUCACUGUUACUCUAAACAUGGAGAAAUAUAAUUUCCUGGGGAUUAGUAUAGUGGGACAGAGCAAUGACCGAGGGGACGGGGGCAUCUAUAUUGGCUCCAUUAUGAAGGGGGGAUCUGUUGCAGCCGAUGGAAGAAUCGAGCCAGGAGACAUGCUGUUACAGGUCAACGACGUGAACUUUGAAAACAUGAGCAACGAUGACGCCGUCCGAAUCCUGAGGGAGAUCGUCUCCAAACCCGGCCCCAUUAGUCUGACAGUGGCCAAGUGCUGGGACCCCUCUCCUCGCAGUUACUUUACCAUCCCCCGAGCAGAGCCAGUGAGACCUAUUGACCCUGCAGCCUGGAUCACCCACACCACUGCUCUGACUGGCCCUUACCCACACUACGAGUUUGAUGACUUGCCGCUGUCUGUCAGCAAGACAGACAUGGCAACCAUCGUCAAGGUGAUGCAGCUUCCUGACUCUGGCCUGGAGAUCAGGGACAGGAUGUGGCUGAAGAUCACCAUCGCCAAUGCCGUCAUCGGUGCGGACGUGGUGGACUGGCUGUACUCGCGGGUGGACGGCUUCAAGGACCGUCGUGAUGCUAGGAAGUACGCCAGCAGCCUGCUGAAACACGGCUACCUGAGGCACACGGUCAACAAGAUCACCUUCUCCGAGCAGUGCUACUACACCUUCGGGGACCUCUGCCAGAAUAUGGCCUCUCUCAACCUGAACGAGGGCUCCAGCGGUGGGGGCUCAGAGCAGGACACCCUGGCUCCUCUGCCUCCCCCUGCCACAAACCCCUGGCCCAUGGGGGGACAGCCCUUCCCCUACCCCCCGUACCCCUCCGCCCCCCCUGGCUUCCCCCCGGGGUACUCCGACCCCUGUCACAGCUUCCACAGUGGCAGUGCAGGCAGCCAGCACAGCGAGGGUAGCAGAAGCAGUGGCUCCAACCCCAGCACAGGGAAAAGUCGACGCCCUUCCCCCCGGGAGAAGGACCGCAAGUCGACAGGCAGUGGCGGCAGCGAGUCGGAGCUCGGCACACGGGGAGGGAGGCGGGGCGAGCGAUCGGCCAGCCAGAUGAGCCAUCACAGCCACGCCCACUCCAGCCAUAGCCACACCACUUCACACCGGAGCCACACCCACUCCCUCCACAGCCACGCCUCCUUCUCCUAUACCCAAGCAGUAUAUACUCAGCAUAGCCACACCUCUUGUUCCCAUAGUGAGCGAAGCCACGCCUCCUCCUAUGGCCCCCCUGGCCUGCCUCCUCCUUAUAGCCUCGCCAGGCUAGGCUCUAAAGCCCCUGUGAGCAGCGGGCCUCCGGGGGCACCCCCAGUGCGUGAGCUGGGGGCAGUUCCUCCUGAACUCACUGCCAGCCGCCAGUCCUUCCAGCAUGCCAUGGAUCUGGUGUUUGAAUUUGCCUCCCGCUGCACCAACCCAGAAAGAUGAGACAAUCAGACAGGACCCUGUUGGGUCUGCAGUCAUGACCGCAAGCUCCCAGAAUUUCAACCCUCCUGCCUGUUUGAAUACCCAGUUCUCCAAUCACGGGCUUUUCACACACAUUUAUGCAAAGGUUUUUUUUGCUGCAGUUCUUGAAAACGCAACAGAUUAUUCAAUCUUAUCUUGGAUUACGAAAUUAAAAACGGCUAGAAAAAAUCCAGUUAAGUGAGUUUCCUUAACAGUACAAACCGCUGUUACUGAACAAUUCACUGUUAUUUAUCUUGUCAGGAUUAGUACUGAACUGGUUCCCCUCCUACGUGAAGUGUGUAUUUUUACAGGAUGCUGAUGUCUGGUAACCAAAGGCUCCAAAUUGAUGUCUUUUUUUGGUGUUGUAUUCUGCACUGAGUGAAACACUGGGUAUCAGAAUGAAGGUUCUUGGAAAGGUUCAGCAUGACCUUUUGGCUGUGUGUUUUGAAUCGUUCAUUUAAAUCUUCCCCGAGUUGUGAACUUCAGUCGUGAAACGUGCAAGACUCGAAGAAAUUGGUAUGAAUCAUUUUGAUUUCUAGGUUUGUGGAGGAGAGAGUGAUUUACGUGAAACACAGGUCACCCUACAAUUUAACGUCCUGAAUCUCCACAAAAAACACCUUCUCCAAGACCCUAUUCAGUAGCAAAGCGGCACUCUAUGUAUUUGAGCACUUUUUAAAUGUUGCUACCUUGCCCAUUAGUAUGAAACACUGUUUGCCACCUAAGCUUUCUGAUUUCUUUUGUUUCUUAAAACUUAAGAGAAAUGACAAAAUUGUACAUAUAAAUAUAUAUUAUAUAUAUGAAAAAAUAAAUAUAUAUGUAUAAAAAAUGGUCUCACAGUUUUUGUAAACUGAUGCAUAGAAUGGAAGUGGUCUUUCAUGAAUAUAAAUAUGAAUAUUGUUUUGAACUCUUUUGU